AUGACAUCAUCUUCAUCCUGCUUCUCAUCCUGCCUUAGGUAUCGCAGCUUUGUGAGACCGAGAUACAAAGUGGCCUACAAGAGCGUGUCAGACAUGGAGUGGAAGUGCUGCCAGGGAUAUUCCGGGGAUGACUGCAUGGAAGGACCCGCAGGAGGUCUUCAGAUCCCCACCGUCAGACCUCGCCCCAGACCCGUAAGACCCAAUAUUUCCGGAUCCAGUGGGGGGAAUCAUCUGAGUGGAUCUGGAGGGGAGGGCCAAGUGGAGUCAGAGAAGGUGAAGCAGUUAGAGGACAAGGUGCAGCACCUGACCAAAGAGCUCCAGACGCUGCAGUCUACCCUGCAAGGCAUGAAUGAGAAAUUCCAGUCAGAAAUUCGUCUGACCGUUGAGAACGUGUUAAAUGGCAAGCAGCCUGCAGAUUCAGCGCCAGGCCAAUCGGACAUGUCCGAGAAACUUAACGACAUUCAAACGCUUCUAACAAACCUGGACAAAAAGGUCAAAGACCAUGACCAAGAGUUGGGCAACCUUAACAAUGCAAAUGACAAGCACCAUGGAGGUCAGGAAAUUGUAGUUGGCCAGAAACUGACAGACCUGAAGGGAGACAUCUUACAGGAAGUAGAGAAAAGGAUGCAGCAAUCGUGCUCAGCUUGUCUCGCAGGAGUGGACGGGUUCAGAAACCAGCAGAAUGAGGACAGAGAUCGCAUUCAAGGAUUAGAGAAACUCAUGAAUUCUAUGGACCAGCGUAACAGGGACAUUGUACAGAACAUCCAAACAAGCGUGGUGGAACUCACUGCCCGUGUGCCUAAAGAUUGCUGCUCAGAAGUAGCAGACCUGCGCAAAAAAGUGACCGAGGCCGAGAGGAGAGCAGACACACUAUCCGGCUCCGUAGUUGCUCUGACGGUGCGUCUGGACCGAGAAUUAGGUGACAACGGCAACCAAGUGGACCAUACCUUGAACAACCGUCUGUCAGACAUUGAAGGCAGAAUGAAUACUACAAAACACACUCUGGAGGAACAUUACUACCAUUAUCGUGACGAGAUGCAGAACUUCUUCCAGGACGAGAUCAAGAAACUGAGAGAUGAACUGAAAAAUCGCAUCCAUGGCAACGACUUCAAAAUCACCCUUCUCCUGACUGAGCUCGGGAACAGCUCCGGAUUCCGAGACCUGAUGGACCAACGGAUAACAGGCCUAUCUGAUGACUAUUACUCUCUCAGAGAUCAGGUGGAAAAGAACGAAGACCAACUUAAUAAAGUCACUGAAGAUUUGGAUGGUCUGAGGAACCAGGUGACGGACACCACGCAAGGCUGUACCAAUCAAUGCAACAGUCACAGUUCCGAGAUGACCAAAUUAUAUGAAGAGCUAGACAAGAGGAUGAAAGAUAGCGAAGAUCAUAUCCACAAUGUUCGCUCUGAUGUCACCAACCUCAGACUAUCUGGAAACUCCAUGCAGGAUACACUGAUGGACCUGGACGGCGAGAUGACACAUGUGAAAACGAUGGUGGACUCCAAUGGAGAGACUUUUGGCAAGUUGGUGUCCGAUAUAAAAGAUGAAAAAGACCGAUUCACAGCCACUAUCUUCUCUGACCUGGGCAGGAUUCAUCUGAACAUCGCUCAGUACCACAAUGGCACCAAUGGAAAGAUAUUGGAUAUGGAAAAUCAUGUGAAAUCUUUGAGGAAGAUGAUUGAGUUUGAUUACAAGAGCUGUGGCCAGGUGUGCUCUAACCUGCAGGAGGAGGUGGGCAAAUUAAAGGAGCAGGUCGGGGAGUGCACAGACACAUGCCAGUUCUUGAAGAGCAAACCCGAGGAGGACGACAAAGAUAACACCGGCGGCUCCAACAAACAGCUCGAUGGCUUCCCUGUCUUCCGAGGGAGUCACGGUGGAGAGCUGAAGCAUUUACAAGGAGAGUUGUCCAACAUCAUUGUGACCUUCAGUUCCCUGAAUGACAGUGUGAAAGAUCUCCAGGAGAGCGUCGGGCGCCAGCAGACUGACAUCCAAGAUCUCUCGACCAUCAAACACAAGCUGAUAUCUGAGAUCAAUAAAUGUCAGGAGGAGCUGACGGAACACAUCAAGGACAAUGCAGAAAAGUUUGAUGUGUUCCAAAAAGAAAUCCACAGAUAUGGAAGUACGGUGAUAGAGGAGACGCAGGAGUGCAGGAGGUCUUCCGGUGGCUUGGAGGAAAGAGUUUCCAAGCUGGAGAACAUCUGCGUGAAGCUGGAUUCCGUCUCUGGAAGUCUACACAAGAUCAAGGAGAGUCUGAACGUCCACGUGUCAGGGCUGUGGAACUGCGUGCAUGAGGUGAACAGCACCCUGCGCACGCACACCGCCUGGUUCCAGAAACUCCACAACAGCCAACUGAAUGGAAUCCACCGUAAAAUCAACAGCCUGAACUCCUCCGUGAUUCUUCUGUCGUCUGAGUGGCAGAACUUCACUCUCCAGGACUUCAUAGGACCUCCAGGCCUGCCGGGUCCUCCUGGCCCGAUUGGGAAGACUGGGCCCCCUGGGCCACAAGGACCCCCUGGGCCUCAUGGAAAAGAUGGGGCUGCUGGAAGACAAGGGCCCAUAGGGCCACCAGGGCUUCGCGGGGAACAAGGUCCAACGGGCCCGGCGCCGGAUACUCCGGAGAUCUCCUUCUCUGCGGCUCUCACCAUCCCGGUACUGGAGGCCGGAACCAUUCCAUUCGACAAGCUACUGGUGAAUGACGGCAAUGCCUACGAUGCCGAGACAGGUAUCUUCACUGCCCCCGUGGAAGGCCGGUAUUUCUUCAGCGCCAUCUUGUCCGGCUACAAAGAUGAGAAGAUUGAAGCGGUUCUGUCCAAAUCUAACCUUGGCAUUGCGCGGGUGGACUCGGAGGGCUACCAGCCGGAAGGCCUGGAGAAGAAGCCCCUGGUGGAGAAUAAGACCGCCUCCAGCUCACUCGGGGUCUUCAAUAUCAUUCUCCCGCUGAGUGCCGGUGACACCGUCUGCAUUGACCUGGUGACCGGGAAGCUGGCCCACUCCGACGAGCCUCUGACGCUGUUCAGCGGGAUCCUCCUUUAUGAGGGGGAAGUGGACUUCUAGAGACACUCA